AUGGCCCCCUCCAUCACCCACACCCAAGUCGUGGUCCCUCCCAGCAAACCCACCCCCCGCGAACCCCUCAAACCCACCGGUGCUCUCUCCUCCUACCCCUCCUUCGAUGUGACCCCCGUCAUCGGACGGGAAUUUACCAACGCCAAUCUGAAAGAGUGGCUCGAGGCCCCCAACUCGGAUGACCUCCUCCGCGACCUUGCCAUCACCAUCUCCCAACGCGGCGUCGUCUUCUUCCGCCAACAAAACGACCUGACCAACGACCUGCAAAAACAACUCAUCAACCGUCUCGGCCAAUUGACCGGAAAACCCUCCACCUCGGGACUGCAUAUCCACCCGGUGAUCAACUCCGGACGGGAGCACGGAAAUGCAGAUGAUGAAAUCAGCGUGAUCAGUUCCCGCGAGCGAGAGAAGUUGUACAAGGGGUAUGAUAAGAAACAGAGCCAAAGGAGGGAAUGGCAUAGUGAUAUUACGUUUGAACCCGUGCCCAGUGAUUAUACGGUUUUGAGGUUGACGGAGUUGCCGGUUACGGGGGGUGACACACUCUGGGCCUCCGGCUACGAACUCUACGAUCGAAUCUCAGAACCCUACCAAAAAUUCCUAGAAGGAUUAACCGCGACCUACGCGCAACCCGGAUUCAACGAAAUUGCCAAAAACAACGGCUUCGAGGUAUUCACCGGACCGCGAGGCGCCCCCGAGAACGUGGGCGAGAAGCUAGAGGCGAUUCAUCCGGUGAUUCGGACGAAUCCAGUCACCGGAUGGAAGAGUGUGUUUGCGGUGGGCCAUCAUGUGCAGAAGAUUAAUGGGCUCGCGGAGGAGGAGAGCAGACAUUUGUUGGAUUGGUUUGUGAAGUUGAUUGUUGAGAAUCAUGAUUUGCAGGUGCGGUUUCGGUGGCAGAAUCCGAAUGAUCUGGCGAUCUGGGAUAAUCGCAGUGUGUAUCAUGCUGCCACGGUGGAUUAUGCGGGUUUGGGGUCUCGGACGGGGCAGAGAGCGGUGGGAUUGGGGGAGAGGCCGUAUUUGGAUCCUAACAGUACCGGGCGGAGAGAGGCGUUGGCUAGAGAGUAG